AUGGAGGACGAAUUCGUGGUCGUCGAAAGAGCCGAUCUCCCCCCUUCUCGCGAGGAGUCAUGGCUCGAGCCCACCGACUACCGAGGCGAGUCCAGCGAGUUCCAGCAGCACCUGAACUCACUGGUGCCUGGCACCGGCGAAUGGAUCGAGCAGACCCCCGAGUUUCAGCAGUGGCGUGACUCGUCUUCCCAUGGCGCCCUCUGGAUCAAGGCCAUCGCCGGCGCUGGAAAGAGCGUUCUCGUCGCCCGUUUGGUGUCUCUCCUGCAACAGCAGAAAGACAUUCCCGUCCUCUUCUUCUUCUUUCGACAGAUUGUCAUUGCGAAUCAUGGUCCUCAUUCUUUGGUUCGUGACUGGCUCGUUCAGCUCUGCAGAUACUCUCCGGACCUGGUCAAACGACUGGAGACUCUCCGGGAAAGCAACAAGCGCGUGCAGGAUGUUGCCUUCAAUGAACUGUGGCAGAUCCUCCUCGAUACCCUGGGCUCACUUGGCAGGGUGUACUGCGUUGUUGAUGCUCUUGAUGAACUGGACACGAGGCAUACCGCGGACUUUCUACCUCGCCUGGUGGCCUUGGGGCAGCUGGCACCCGACCGGGUCAAGGUCGUCAUGUCGAGUCGUCCCCUUCCCCAGAUCCAGGCUGUCCUCAAGACUCCCAGUGUCCUGGAAGUUCGGUUGGAGAACGCCCAAGUCAACAAAGACAUCGCCUUGUUCGUCGAUUACCGUCUACGAACCGCCCAACUACCCGACCUGGACGAGCCUGCCCUGGCCGAAGUCAAGAAAGCAAUCGGCAACCGUGCUCAUCCAUCGUUUCUGUACGCGCGACUGUUGCUCAGCGAACUGCUAGACAAGCAUGCGAUACAAGGCUGGUCGGAGGAAUCCGUCCGCCAGUCGCUUCGCUAUAUCCCGGAAUCGCUCGAAGACUUGUAUACUCAGAUGCUCCGCGAUCAUUCAGAGAAGGCUUCUGUACCACAGGAGCGUCAAUUCCUGAUCCUGCAGCUUGUUACCCAUGCCACAAGGCCUCUUCGCUUACUCGAGAUUGCGACCGUCUUGGAUUUUCUGUCAAUGGGCGCCGACCGGGAGGGCAAGUAUCCAGAUACAAAAGCAAUGACACGGAUGUCUUGCGGCCCUCUGCUAGAAAUCCUAAACGACGAGACUGUGUCCAUCAUUCAUCAUUCCUUUACCGAGUUCUUGACAGACACCCGGCGAAAAAAGACCGAUACGUUUCCCGUUGUCGAUCCAGAGGAUGCUCACCGUCUGAUGGCGAGAAUAUGUCUGCGAUACAUUUGCGGAGGAGGGCUGUCAUUAGAGACGGUGAAGAACUCGCCCGAGUCUAUGUAUGAGUUUGAGAAUGGGCCAGCCAGCAAACUGAGGAAAGCCCAGAUGGAUAACCCCUUCAUUGACUAUGCAGCAAGGAACUGGCCUGGCCACGUUCGUCAUCUGACGGCACUCGACAGUGAGCUGCUUCAGCACCUGCAACGGUUCUUACAUGCUGGAAAUGACGCCUUUUUGGCCUGGGUGAUUGCGCUCAUGAAGCCUGGCAAGGACCCCAUACCGUCCACCAUCUCGCCCCUCCACGCCGCCGCCUGGGCCGGAAUCGCCAACUACGUUGAAAACCUGCUUUCCGCUGGCCAAGAUCCCAACGUGGUCACCAAGCUGGACGAGACUCCGAUUGCCAUGGCAGCGAGGAACGGACAUGCAGACGUUGUUGAGACCUUGCUUCGCCAUGGAGCCGCUCCUGAUGAGCCCGACUACUUUGGAAUGAAGCCUCUGCACCACGCUGCACGAGCCAACCACCACGCUGUCGUCAAGGCUCUCGUGGACGCUGGAGUCGACCCAUCAACGCAAAAGACUCGGGAUCCCACGCCGCGCAAAUGUGGGAAUAUGCGGCCCAGUGUGGGACAGACACCACUGGAAUAUGCGUGUGGUGCUGGGGCCAUUGAAUCAAUCCGUGCAAUGCUUCCUCAUUUUACCGCUGGCCAUGCACGCUCAGCGAUUUGGUGCUGCAUGGGGAGCUCACGAAUCGAGCUGCUUCGAUUACUCGUUACGUUCCCAGGCCUUGAAUUCAGUUCGGAAUUCGGUGGAAGGUGCCUGAUGAGAGCGGCAGAGAACGCAAACCUCGAGACCCUCCAGCUUCUGCUGAAGUUAGGAGCCAACGCCCGGUAUCAGCCACAGCGGCCACGGUUUGCCAUUCGAAACAGCAAUGAGUGGCAGCCAGCCGAGACCGUUCUCCUUUCUCUGUGCAGGUCAAUGGACCGCAUGAACUCUAGGCUCCUGCAUAGUCCCACAGAUACAGAGAACUUUGAGAAAUGUCUAGAUCUCGUCCUCCAGGCAGGCUGUGACGUGGACGCCCGCGACCCUCGCAACUCCGACCGGACUGCUUUGUUUCAUUUCGCGGAAAAGAGCCUUCCUGGCAUAGAAAAACUCUUGGAAGCCGGCGCAAAUGUACACGCCACUGACCGGGCGGGAAACACUCCGUUACACGUAUACAGCCCUCGCAAGGGCUCUGAGCGUACGCUGGCGGCUUUACUACAACAUGGCGCUCGCUGGGAUGUGAUCAACCCUUCCGACGGCAAAACCCCUCUCCACAGCUGUUUUGAUGGUUUCAGUAGUGACCACAAUCCGGAGGUCUUGCAACCUUAUAUCUCAGACUGGAACAUCCCUGACUGGCGAGGUGACACGGUCUUGCACUGCGUGGCCGAACGCCACAGCGAUCUUGUCAGGAAGCUGCUGGAACUGGGAGCAGAUCCCAAUCGCCGCAACCACGCCGGGAAAGUCCCGCUGCAUCUGGUUCACCGCGGUGACGAUAUUGACGCUCUUCUGGCCGCCGGGGCAGAUCUUGAAGCGAGGGACAACAAGGGCCGGACUGUGCUUCUGCGCAACGUGGUUAAGAGUGAUGCCGGAGUGCUACAACACCUCCUUAAUCACGGGGCGAACCUGCGUGCGGUGGACUUUGAGGGUAACGGGGCACUGGGUCUUGCCAUUGGGAAACCAAUGUCUGGCGGCGAGGUCUUUGAGUUUCUCCUGAAGGCCGGCGCAGAUGCUGGCCAUCUCAACCACAAUGGCGAUACCCUGUACCACCGGUGGAUAGAGGCGUCCUUGGAAGGGUCUCCCAAUUCUCGUGCUGAUCGCAGGAUCUAUAAUCUUCUCCUGGAGCACAGUGCAUCCAGCCCAACUAUGCCGAAUAGCAAAGGACGAACAAUCCUUCACUGCAUGUGCUCUGUUCCAGUUGGUUACCGUGAAACGCUGUGGCGCCCUGAGGAGAAUGUGCUGGAGUGGCAGCCGCUGAACACGCUGCAAGAGCUGAUUGAGACUGCGGACUCUGAGGGCCGACGACCGAUCCACGACGCGGCAGCCACAUCGGAGGAAUUGGUUGCGUGGCUGAUGCAGAAAGGGGCAGCCCUCACGGCGUUGACCCACAAGCGAGAAACCGUCCUGCAUAUGGCUGCUCGGGCGAAGGAAAGCAAUGCUCUCGGGCUACUUGUGGAGAGCUUGGAUGCGUCACAGCUAGAGUCGAGUAUCAACCAGCAAGAUGAUGAAGGACGGACUCCUCUAUUCUAUGCUUGCCGUUCAGGCGAUCUGCAGAGCGUCAUGAUACUCCUAGAAGCUGGAUCUAAUGUGCACAUUAGUGACAAUAAUAAGGAGACGCCUCUACACGCCUGCGCUCACUUCAAAGCCCAACGCGUAUACCCGGACCGCGACCGCCAUCCCCCAAGCCACGACGAGGGUUGGCGGAAAGUCAUUGACGAGGACGAAACGCUUGGGGUGCAGGGGAUCAUCCGUGCACUCAUAUCUCGUGGCGCGGACGUCCUCGCUCAAGACAAGUACAGAAGAACCCCGCUCGAGAUUGCAGUUCAGCUUGAGAAUGAGGAGAUGGUAGCAUCUUUGGUGGAGGAGACGAGGCAGGCAAUACACUCAACACCAAACGAAAAUGGUUCAACGAAAACUCCGAACUCCCCUGGACAGCUGGUAUUGACGGCGCGUCACACUAUCCCUACUGCGAUUGUGGAUCAGAUCCUGCAGAGCCAAACUCAUCGUCCAGUUCAAACUUAUCACUGGCUGCUGAAGCUGCGCGCGUACGAUGCCAUCCGAGCCCUCGCUAGACGUGGUAUGCCCUUAGUGGGAACUAGGCCACACGACUGGGACAGUUUCCUCCAUGACCUUGUUCAACUAGGCAUGUCGGAGCUGCUUGAUGACUUGGGCAAGAUCGCAACAGGAGAGCAUUGGGUGGAUGGGAGCACGCCCGACCCCAAUACCGGCCGGACGGACUUGCAGCCGUUUCUCAUCCUGGCAGCUGGCCGUAAGACACCCAGUGUCGAUCUCCUGAAGGUCAUUGUUGAGACGUUCCACGCGGACACUAACAUUCAGACAUACGACGUUGACUACUCGAGGGAAAACAGGAAUAUUAUGGCGAUGAAGAGCCCCCUUAGCAUCCUCGCCGCGGGCAAGCACUGGUGGCAUAGGGACGGCAUCCGCUAUCUGCUUCAGCGCGGUGCCAACCCUAACCUUUGUAAUGGGAAGGGUCAAUCUCCACUGCAUAUUGCCGUCAAGGGCGGUUACCGACGAGCAAGCAUUGUCAGGAUCCUGCUGGAACAUGGCGCAAACCCUGACUUGGUCGAUUUGGAUGGCAAUACACCGCUGAGCCUUGCAGCCGGCGACCCGGAUCUUGUGCGGUUGCUGCUCCAGCAUGGAGCGGACAUACAUCUGGGAUCCAACCCAGUCUUGUUUACUGCCAUUGGGAAGCAAGACGUUGACAGUGUUCGUAUUAUUCUAGAAGCUGGGGUUGAUUGCAACAAGCCCUUCAGCGAGCGUUCGUCGUCCCCAGUGCCUGAGAAGGCCGAGGAGGAAUCUGCCCACGACCUUGUUUAUGGCGACAGGUAUCACAGAUGGAAUAACAGCAACAACGAGGAGGAUGCAGACCGGGCACGCAUGUUGCUCUGCCGGCCACUGCAUUAUGCGUGCCAUGCGCGGUUCAACCGCGUAGACAGGGGCAAGGCCGUUGAGAUCGUGAAGCUGCUUCUGGAACACGGCGCCAAUCCAUUCCUUCCUGUUUGUCCAGAUGAAUCUGAGAUCCUCAUCCACGACGUGAUAUACCAAUGGGGGAUCGUUGAGCCGCUUCUUGCCAUUCCAAAUCUCGACCCUCACCUACGCGAUGGCUCAGGACGAACCCUCCUCCUAGCAGCGUGCUCACCACAAAAAGAGGACUUUAUCGAUGCAUGGGGUUGCGGAAAGGAGCGUGAUAAUUGGCGCUCUGCUCUUGGAUCUGCUGUUGCACGAAGGGAACACGCAAUCACUCGACUAUGCGACCUCGGAGCUGACGUUACUGCGACGGACGGUGAAGGCAAUACAGCGUUGCAUCUGCUCCUCACUGUAGCUGAAGAUGCCGAAGCGAAUCCUCUCCCCGACGAAUGGACUACCCUGCUCUCAUUCAUGCUCGCACAGCGUCCAGAUAUGAUCCACCAGCGUAAUAAUGCAGGGUAUACGCCCUUCCACAUGGCCGCUGCAAACCGCCAAUUCAAACUCAUCCCCUUCCUCAUCGACCAUGGAUCGAACCCCCUGGAGCCUGAUCCCAAUGGAAACAACGUCCUCCACCACCUCGCGCCAACCCUGGGCAAAGAGCGCAAAGAAAACCACUUCGACGUAUUCGAUACCUUCAUCGCGGGGGGUCUAGACAUUAACGCCCGGAACGCGCUCGGCGAAUCACCCCUAUUCAAAUACAUCGCCUCUGUUAACUGUGAGCGCGUCAUUUCGCAUAAGAGUUUCAUCAUCGAGGGCUUCCAACAUCGAGGCGCCGAUAUCCUGUCCCGCAACAACAACGGCGAGACAAUGCUGCACCUGGUUGCCCAGAUGUCCUGUACGCAUGGGAUUGGCUGCGACGCGCGGUUCUGGGGCCGGGGGAAGGGCGAGGAGGCGUGUGGGUUUAUGUACCUUAUGGGGUUAGGGCUGGAUCCGAUGGUCGAGGAUGUGAGGCAGAGGUCUGCUGUGGAUAUUGCGGCUGCGUAUGGGAAGAUAGAAAUUUUGGAGAUGUUUAAGAAGGUGUAG